CCUGGCCGUACUCCAUUUAUUGAUGACCUGCGCCCGCCGAAGCCGCCGCUCCGCCUUUCCCCGCGGGGCGCUGCAGCCGUUACGCCCCGGGCCCGCCCUGCCCUGUCCCCUGCCGCGCCGCUUCACGCGGGCGCAGCCCCGAGGCGAGGCGGCGGCCGUCGCAACCCGCCUGCGCCCGCGGCGGCGGGCGGGGCGCGGGGCGGCGCCGAGGUCGCCCGCGCCGUGCUGUGCCGUGCCGUCCCGGCGGGGAGCGGCCGCGGCGCGGCCCACGUGAGGCGGGAGCGGCUUCCCUGCGCGGCGGCGGGUGCGCGCGGAGCGGCCGCGGGCCGGGAGUUGCCGGGUGAAUUGCUGUAAUAAUACCGCGUCGCGUUAUCUUGAAGCCUGGAGGAAUUCUGCCCUGGUUUAUCACGCUCGGAUCGCUUCAGUUUUCAUACACGCUUUUCAUCCCACGUUGAGCCUGUGAACGUGUUGUUAUAUUUAGCGACACAGGAUGCUGCUUGCCGUGGUGCUGUGGGCAGCGUUGCUGAUAGGAAGCGGCGACGUGCAAGAUGACGAGUGGAUUGACCCCACGGAUAUGCUCAAUUAUGAUGCAGCCUCCGGAACCAUGAGAAGACCUUACAAGAUAAGGCAUCGUGAUCCUGAGGAUAAGACUAUGGAUACAGUCAGUACUGAAAACUUACUAAGUUGCUCCAAGGAGGUAGAUUCCUUGCGACGAAAGGUUGAAGAAUGUGAGAAGAAGAAUACCGUGUCACAUGAAAGCCGUAGUUUUUAUAUUUUUAAGCGAUACUUGAAUAAGAUUUUAAAUGAAGCUGGAAAACUUGGUCUUCCCGAGGAAAACACAGAUAGUGUGCACUAUGAUGCUGAGAUCAUCCUUACAAAACAAAGAUAUUUGGAGAUCCUCAGGUUUCUCAAUGAGGAGACUUGGCAGUCGGGUGCUGUAGAUGAUGCACUUAGUGAUAUUUUGAUCAAUUUUAAGCACCAUGAUUAUAAAGCUUGGCACUGGAGAUUUGAAGACACUUUUGGAAUUGAUCCAUAUAAUAUGCUUAUGAUCCUCUUAUGCUUAGUGUGCAUUGUAAUUAUCAUAGCUACAGAGCUCUGGACACGUAUUCAUUGGUUUACUCAGCUAAAACGUGUUUUAUUAAUCAGUUUUCUGAUCAGUUUUGCAUGGAACUGGCUUUACUUGUAUAAGCUGGCCUUUGCACAACAUCAAGCAGAAAUUGCCAAAAUGGGGCAGUUUGAUAACAUCUGUGCUGAGAAGGUAGACUGGAGUGGAAGUCUCAUUGAAUGGCUCAGAAGUAAGUGGACGUUUCAGGAUGAUCCCUGUCAGAAGUACUAUGAAACUCUACUAGUAAAUCCUAUUUUGCUGGUUCCACCAACAAAGGCAUUGGCUAUUACUUUCACUAACUUUGUAACUGAGCCUUUGAAGCAUGUAGGACAAGGUAUGGGUGAGUUCAUCAAAGCACUCAUGAAGGAGAUACCAUUGCUCCUGCAGAUUCCAGUUCUAAUCACGAUGGCUCUAGGUGUUCUGGGUUUCUGCUAUGGUGCAGGAUCAUCAGUGUCUAGGUUAAGAUACUUAACAUCCUCUCAGAAGGAAAUGCUUCCUCCAUCUGACAGACAACAGGAGAAACUAGACUUUAGGCAAUAUGAUGCGCAUGAUUCAGAUGACUAUCCUUUAUGGAAGAUUCCUCAUGUAAAUAGAGGACCCUAUGACAGAGGAGAUGCCUAUAUCAGACCUGGAAACGGCAGCAGAAGCCCUGACGUUUUCCAUGCAAGCACUGAGCCAGAUAUGCAAGUAGAAGAGUCUUACAAACCAGAACCCAGUAAUAGAUUGCGCACUGAGUCUGAAGUUUGUAGACUAGCAACUAUCACAGCUGAAUGCCUUACUGAAGAGCAUGCACUUGAGCAGCAGAAACAGCAGACAGGCAAAGCAGACCGAGAGGCUGGAGAAAAUUGCAAUCCUAAUAAAAACCUAGAAGGGGAAAGUUCUGCAGUGGGAGCACCUGAAGACAAGAAAGAGAACAGGUCUUGUGAGUCAAAGGAAGGAGACUGAGGAAUCUCCAAGCUCUACUGAACACAGUUUGGAAGAAACAAAGACAGACUGAGUGGAGUAGAGGAUGUGGCUACUGAAGCAGCUGAGAAUCUAUUCUCCUGGAAGAAGCAUCUCUGAUCAUCCAUCCUGUUACUCUGGAAUCGACUCAGCAGGUCAAAGAACCCUUCAUCUGCCAUUGUCUCUCGACUGUUUUUCUGAAGAGGACAGAAAAGUUAUGGGUAUUUUGAACUCAAAAGCACCUAAAACCAGCACAGCCGCAUGGUAGUUUCAUUCCAGCAAUCUGUUUUAUAUUUGAGUAUCAGAGAGCCCUUAAACACUAGUUUUUAGCCAUCCAUUUUUUAUAGAUGGAGGUUUGUCCUAAAGUAAUAGGAAAUGCUAAUAAUAUGGCAAACAUUUUUGAAAGGUGAAAUGUAAUAGAAACAUUUCAUUCUCUGAAACAGAGAGAACUGGUACUCUGAUCAUUAAAACAGGAGUUUUCUCCUUAGCUAUUAAUGCCCCAAAACCCAAGUGCCCAUCAAGGAGAAAAUAAAAGAACAGUAAUGAACAGUUUCAGUUGCUCCUCAGGUAUAUGGUUCUCUCAUUUAGAUCAAAUGAGGCAGUUCUUUUUAAUUUUAACUGACUUCUGUCAAGAGUGUAAUGACCUAUAAAAUAUUUAUCAAAAAAGUUCCACUGGCUGAUUUCAGCCAAGCUUCACAGGAGUAGGAGUCAAAAAUUAGAUUUUGGUGAGUUUGCAGAAACAUAGUCUGAGAGAGAUUCUAGAAAUACAUGUGCCAGCUGAUCUAAAACUUCAGAAAAUCCACCAGGAAAAAGAAAACACUAAUAGUAGGAAAAGCUUAAAGCUAUCAUCAUCCAUGAGACAUCUGUAAAAAUAGCAGAUUCUACAUCGAUUCACAGAGUGACAUUGUUUAAAUUAAGUAAACAAGUAAAACUAAAAUGGGUACCUGCAGGAAUGUGUUUUCCGUAAUUCUCAUCAAACAGAGAUUUAAGAAGACUAUCAUCUCCAAACCUACCCUUUGAGAGUUUGGAAGUCGAUGAUCAAUAGAAUUACUGGCAUCCUGCAAAACUUUGGAAGUAGUGCUGGUUUUGUACUUUUUGCCUUUUAGUCGAUUUACAAAAUGCAGCUUUGCUGAAGGUUUGGCAACCAGUGGUUUCUGUUUAGCAAGAAUCUCACUGUUCCAGUUCUGAACCUAAGAAAACGAGAGUCAUGAAAUUAACCUGUUUAAUUACAUUACACUGAUGCCUGUCAUAGUUGCUUCUUUUCCUUCCCAAAGCGAAGCAGCUUGACAUUAUUUAGUUUAUCCAGCCACUGGCUGGUGAAAACUUAGCUUUUGGUUGUAUCAUGUGACAUAUGAUUAUUGAGAUCUUAUUUACCUGAAGCAGGUUAGUACUCUUGUUACUGAUCAGUCUCUUAACUGAACCACAGUGGGAUGAUUGUUUGAUUAAAAUGGGGUAAAAUGGUAUAUUUAAUCAAACACUGAGAAGUUUUCCUUACUGACUGCAGUGUAGGAAAUGUAGUUAAUAUGACUGCUAAAAUUCAGCUACAGGUGGCAGUUCCCCUGUGACAUUCUGACACUUGAAAAAAAUCCAUGGGUUUAAAGAGGGAGAGCAGAGCCAACGCUCACACUCAGCAGAUACUCAACCAGGCUUCUACGGCGUCCUUUAUAUACACAGAAUUCCUAUAAAGUUUGAAAAGGAAGAGUGGGAAGAAUGCCAGCACACUCUGACUUUAUCAACCUGACAGAUUUCGCAUAAUUUCUCUUCUAAAAUAAAUACAAUUAUCCACAAAACAGAUAGUAACAAAUGACAAUCUUCUAUAAUAACUGCAUGAAAAACAUUUUUUUCCUUGAUUCAUCAUCAGAAAUUGUGACCAUAAGCACAAAUCGAUCAGCAACACUGCCAACCUGAAUGGAAUUACCUUUAAAGGCUUAAGCUCAACACACAGAUUCCAGCCCUGAGAAGACUGUACUGUACAAUCAAACCAGAAUGCUAGAGCCAUACGUUCUGUUUAUAACAAAAACAUUCAUGGAAUGAGUGUCCAGAUUCUGCCACAAGAGGAUCUUGAAAAAAGCCCUUUACUAAAAGCUAAGCUGCGAUACUAGGUUAAUACUUUAUUAUAAAAUCCAUGUGAAAUGUUUUAGUAUAUUUAAGGCAUGAACUGUCUCACACACAAUAUUUUGAAAGACAUCACAGAUAAAGAGAUUUAGAGAGUAAGAAAAUACAGCUGGUAAUAAGCAAAAGCUUAGAGGGUGCCUGUAGAGAAACAAGUCUGGAAUAAAACCCAGACUCAUUUUAAGUCAGUGCCCAAAGAGGCUCUGCGCAUUAGCACGAACUUCAGUUGUACCAACUGUCAUGAUGUAAGCUUGGAGAAGAUUUAAUUUACUAUGUGAUAAACAUGAUGGCAGGCUUUGUAUCAUUUGAAGAGAUGGGAAUUGGAUAUCCCAAUAUGGAGGCAGAAAUAAUAGCAAUUUCAGUCUGUCAGUAGAGUCAUCUACAUAAACGGCCAGCUUACCUUUUAAAGGCAGACGGAAUUUAAAUGAGGUCUCUCUCUCUCAAGAUUCACACAAGGGCUGGGAUCAGGAACUCCCAGCCCCAAGAGAUUUCUGUGACUUGGGGGAAGUCACUUUCCCUAUCUGUGACUCAGGUUCAGUAUUUCUGAAAUAGUGUCUUUAUUCAAGAUGGGUGUUGAAACAAUGGCUUGCCAGGUGGGUUGAAAUCCCAAAGUGGAAAAACACCUGUAGGUUAAGUGCCUGCAAAAUGACUGCAGCCAAAGAAAAAUUGUUCAAAGCAGCUCUCUAAGCUAAAGCUUACAACGUUUAACCGUGAAUCACUUUUAUGCUGCAAACCUCAAGCCACUUUUAAAAAGGAGAUGAAAAGAAUUCCUCUGUUGUACACUGCAGGACCCUAUUCUUUCUUCUUCCUGAAGGGAUUAAAGCAAGCUUUCCACAAAUCGUUAUAUAUGUAAGAUGCUGACUGUUACCUAGCUGGCAGCAGUAUUAUCUGUCGUGUCUAAUUGUUAGACCUACUUUUACCUAAUUCUUAAGAUCAGCUAAAUUAAAGGGGAUGCAAAUGACUCAUCAAAGUUCUGCUGCCUUCUUUCAAAGCAGUUAAAUACAAAACUUCUGACUGUUUUGUCCCAGAGCCUAUCAUGUCAUUUUAACACAAGUCAUAAUAGCAAAUUCAUAACUUACAGUAAAACCCUGGGAAACGUUUCAUUGCAAUCUUACUGGAGGAACAGAAAAAAGAAAAGUGCCAACCUUUUCCGGUGUUAACUUCAUAAGUUCCAUGUUUUCCAUACUGUGACGGCGUCCUACUCUCGGUCUGGUACCUUCAAGAAAGAAGGAGGUUCAUCCUUUUAUCAUGAAAAUCUAUGGUGUUACCUUCAAAGCUGGGCUUUGGUUGUAUUCAUCUAAGCUCCAAGAUACAGCAAUUCCCAGUUCCAAAAUGGCGCAGUUAAACUUACCAGCAGAGAGUAAAUAACCAUUAGUAUAAAUGUCCUAAAAACCUCACAAGUCUAAGCUACAUAAGCAGUGCUUUCAUAGGACUUGGAGAAGGACCAUGGAGCUAUGAACAGAGCUCAUCAAAUGAAUGAACUUCUACUGUAACUCUAGUGUUGCUAAGAUGGCAGGAAGAAAAGACGUAAUUUGGCAGCAAGUAGACAAAUUUCCCCCAUUAAAAAAUUAGGAAUAGUUAGAAUCUCAAGAUUAUUCAUGUGAAGGAACUAAGCAGUAACCUGUGAUUCACAGUGUAAAUCCUCCAAAAAAUAAGGGGCCAAAGGGGUCCAAUAUUGCAAAAAUAACCAUUACACACAGAAUCUUUUUUGCUCGUAGGGGGAAAAAACACAUACAGAACCCUCUGAAGGUUGUGCCUUCAUCUGCCAAAAAAAAAAAAAAAGCAAAUAA